ACACCAUUAAUGUUUGCCGCUAGGGGAGGACACCUGGAGGUGAUGACUUACCUGGUCACUCACGGCAGUCAGUUAGACGCUACAAACCCGGAUGGACAAACAGCUUUACAUUGGGCUGCUCAGAGGGGACAGAUUGAUGUAACAAAAUGUUUAAUAGAUCAAGGAUGCAGUCCUUGGGUGAAAACAUUGAAGGGUAAGACUCCUUAUGAUCUGGUAAAAAUAGAAAGCUAUGAUGAUGAAGAGAGAAAAAGGAAGAAGGAAGAAGUGAUGGACUUCCUUAAGACUGUCAUGUCAAAGACAUCCCCAGAAGUAACUCCUGACACCCAUUCACAGGAACCUGCAGCACCAGUAGUUGAAGAUUCCAUCAGAAAAGGGCAACAGUCUGCCAUGUUAAAUCGUUUAUUAGGGGAGGGCAGCUAUGAAUCUUUUGAUAUGAGAUGCAUGGUAACUGGCCAAUUUUCUGUUGGGAAGUCGACUCUUGUUAAGCUGUUAGCUGGAGAAAUUAUACCUGAUGGUCGACACCCAACAGAUGGGAUUUCUCUGGUAGAAGGUCGCUGUGGCCUAGAUAUUCUUACAAAAGAGUGGAUUCUUGUUGAUCCAGACUCUUAUAACGCCCUGGAUGUUGUGUACAACAAGGUUUUAAUGACCUCUCUGGAAGAAGAGGAGGAAAGUGAACUAACCACAACGUUCAACAAGGCUUUAGAUACAAGCCCAACUAGUCAUGACAAAGCCAUUUUCUCUUUGCCAUCAGAGCAGUCUACAGCAGCACAAUCUCUACCACCUCAGACAUCCUCCAAUGUGCCUCUCACGGUAAAGCAGAUGAAAAAGAAAAUGAGAACAAGAAUGACUAAAGAGGAAAUAAGAAGGAAAAUGGAAAAAGUCCUCAAAAGUGGGAAGUAUAAGAUGAAAGUUGGACGUCUUAUCUUCUGGGAUUUUGGUGGACAAUACGUUUAUUUAACAACACACCAGACCUUCAUGACAUUCCGAGCGUUGUUUCUUGUAGUAUUUGAUGGGAGCAAAGACUUGCAUGAACAGGUCCCUGAUGUGAUGUGUUUUCCAGGGCAGCACAUGACGCCAACUCCAGCAGUAUUCUUGCAAUAUUGGGUCAAUUCCAUCCUGACCUAUUGUAAGGUUGUAUAUGCAGGCAUUCCAAAGAUCUUGUUUGUUGCCACUCACAAGGACAAAGUAUUAACGGAGAAUAUUGCAACCAGACGUGAAGAGCUUUACAGAGGAAUUGAGGAAUUGUUUAAAGACCACGAGGGAAAACAUCAUCUGGUCCUUAGACCUCUAAUAUUUGUCAAUGCCAAAGAUCAAUCCGACCCAGAAAUAGAAGUUCUAAAGAAAACAAUUACAGAACUUACAUUCGACCACCCAUGCUGGGGUGAAAGAAUGCCCAAUGCUUGUGUGCCACUAGAGCUAGAGAUCGCUGAACUAGUGGCAGAAGGAAAGCAAAUAAUGUCAUUGGCUGAAGUUAAAGAAUUAAAUGCUAUCAGCGAGGUGUCUGUCCUGUCCCCUGAGCAGUUGACUGAUUUCCUACAUUUUCAUCAUUCUCUGGGGAAGAUUGUUUAUUUCGAUACGCCCCAACUGAGAGAUAAUGUAAUGAUCAACCCCCUUCUUAUGGUGGAAGUUAUGAGAUCUUUUAUCACAGAUGUUGCAUUUUGGCCCAAAGAAAAUAAAACAAGGAAAACCUUUCAAAAGAUGUCUGAAAAUGGAUUGAUACAAAAAGUAGACCUCUACCAGAUUUGGGAACAAGAAGAAUUCCGUCAGAUUUUACCAUUUAAAGAGUACAUAUUUGAUAUGCUGAUACAUCUAGAUAUUGUAUCCGAACAACGGAGAUAUGAUACAAAAACAGGAAGCCGUCUACCAAUAGAAAACUUCUUUGUACCCUGUAUGCUUACACAAAGAAAUAAUACAGAUUUCUUGACACAAGAAUGUACACCAGAGAGGACACUUAGUUUGGCCUUUGUUUUCAAAGGAACCAUCAUACCUCCUGCCUUACCAAAUCGUCUCAUAUGUGCAUGUCUGAGUAUGUGGACAUUACAACAAUACCGUGGAAGGAAACUUAUGUUUUCUGGGUUUGUUGGGUUAUCAGUUGAUAAAGAGCAUAAUAUCGUUGUCUGUGUAGAAGGUAACAAGAUCUUACUGUACCUAGUCCACAAACGCUCAAAGGGCCUGAUAGUUCCUGAGAUAGCCACUAAUGUCAGAGAAUGUUUGCAUUUAACAUUGGAGAGGAUUUCGGAAUUUUAUCAGUCCACUGUCCACGAAAAAGUCAUCAGUCAACUACCAUUUCACACUGAGUAUUCCUGCUCCAGAUUUAUCUGUUACUUUCCAGAACAAAGAUUAGCUUUAAAAACUGAUGAGUGCGUUUGUAACCAUGGUGACGACAUUACACUCAACUGGAAGGUUUGGAACCAGAAACAGAAACAAAAGCAGUGUGAUCCGGAUUGUACAGGUUUGAGUGAAGAUGCAUUAUCUCAGAUUCCAAGUAACACAGAGUUGCUACGUUUGUCUGUUAAUUGUGACAAACUCAUGAUACAUGAUUUAGCUAUUCAUCUUGCAAUGGAAGAAACAGAAUGGAAUGAUAUAGUAGAGAAUUACCCAAGAAAUACACAAAUGGUCAAGUUUUUAACACUUAUUGAUUUGAGAGAGAACAAUGGCAUACGUUUUGGAGAUUUGGCCAAAGGCUUAAGAGAAAUGAAAAUAACAACACAUACCUUAUGUAUGAUGAGGAGGAGAAAACAAGUGAUAUCUAGUAUUCAAGACGAUAUCUUAGAUUCAAUUCCUACUGAUGAAAUAUUAGAUAACAUAUCAACACAGAUUGGUAAAAUGGUCUUUCAACUAGGAAUAGAACUUGGAUUGUCAAUAGCAGAUUUAGAGAACAUAGACAAAUGUAAUUGUGACCUGACCGCCCAGAGUAAAGACGUUUUGUUUAGGUGGAGGGGAGACAGAUUAGUAAAACCUACAAUACGUGUCCUUGAACAAGCUCUGGUGAAUAGUAGAAAAGGUGCACGGUGUUUAGAGGAAGUUGUAAAGAAUGUGGAUCUGCAAACACUAAGAGCUGUAGAAACUGCUACUGAUAAGAUCAGAAAUAAUGCUAACAGAAUCAUACAGGAAAUACAAACCAGCCAAAUAUUAGACCAUAUGAUGACACAUCUGGUGAUUUCGGUAGACGACAGACGCCGUAUUGAACAACAUGCUGGACAAGAUGAUCAGAACAAAGCAUUGCUGGAUAUUGUGAAUAAAAUGAGAGAACCUGCUUACAGUGUGUUUGUUGAUGGACUACGUAUUUAUGGAUACGAAGAUAUCGCUUAUGAUUUGAAAUGUGAUUUCAGUCCAAGUCCAACAUCAGCAUCGGCAGAAAAUGAAGGCUUAUCAGUUUGGAAUUUUCCUUUAUAUAAAGUUCGUCUACAAAAGAACUACCUCAAGGUCAUCACUGAUUUACAACACGAGAACAUAGUAGAUCAUCUAAUAUCAAAAGAGGUAUUGUCAGUUGAUGAUGGGAAGAAGAUAGAAUCUGGUAAAACCCCACAGGAAAAGAACAGGAAUUUAAUGGACAUGCUGUUGCGUAAAAAUGAACAGGGAUUUAAUGAAUUUCUCAAAGCCCUACGAAAAGACUCAAUUUAUGCAGAUCUAGCAGAUCAAAUAGAAAAGACAGAAGUUACUAGCACAGAUAUGGCAACCCUUCAUAAAUGCUCAAAAUAAAAGAAAAACUUUAUACAACAAGUUAAAGACAGCUAAGACACACACAUGUAAACAAUAAAUAGAAGGAGGUAUUGUCAAUCCAAUGUUCAAUGAUUUGGUCACUUAAACCGCUAAGACAAACACAUUUAAACAAUGAAUAGAAGGAAGUAUUGUCAAUCCUAUGAUCAAUGAUUUGGUCACUUAAACCAUCAAAGUGAAUGGAUAACAAUAUAUUAUUGAUAACAAUCUUUUAUAUUAAACAUAUGUCAUGUGUGAGUGUCAUGCUUGGCAAGGAAAAAUAUAAAAUAUGUACCCCUUUUACGAGUAUUCAUUCCUGUAAACACAAAUCCCCCUACGAGUGUUCGUUCCAUAACAGAUAUGAUAACUCUGAAGCAGUCAUGACAUAUUUGAUAUUCAUAUAAAAUAAUUUUAAUGUAUCUUAAUAUAAUUAUUUGGAACCAGUAAUUGGAAAGUUUAUAUGCACUACUGUUUUUACAAAGGUCAAAACAUAUGGCUGUGCUGCAUAUUUUCAACAUUUAUAUGCCUCAAACUUCCAAGAAUUUAAACCUACAUGUAUACAAAAAUAAUGUACUUCCUCUCACUUAACAUUUGGUCCUUCUCAGAAUUUAAUUUGGCCGCUAUCCAUGUGUAUUCAUACCAGUGAAGUUCCCAAGAUGUGUCUCUUUGAGAUGAAACACAGAUAUCAUAUCUGGGAACCAGUAGGUAAACAAAACAUCUAUCAAUAGUAUAUAUCCCAAAAGAGGCAUGGUUUGUGAAACAGCUGUAUUUACAAAGUGCAACCUAAAGGAAAUGUCAUAACUUUAUACAAUAUACUAUAUGUACUAUUUUGAUAAAUUUUGAAUAACCUACAUAGCUGCAUUUAGGUUAUUAUCAAUUUCUCUUCAGUCAUAAUUGUGUAUGUUAAUCUCUUAAAGCUGUUCAAUGUUACCUUAAUAGUCAAUUUAGGUCUAAAUUUAAAGUCUAAUGAAUAAUAAAGUUUGCACAUAUGAAAUAACUAAUUCAGUGACCGAAUCUUGCCCUUAAGGUGUUUCUGAUUUUUUUGACAUUAACUUGUUGUAUAUUUUGUUUAUCAAACAGCUGCUUUUAUAUGUACAUUUGUAAAUAAAUAAGCCUAUUCAUAUAUAUAGUUUUGAACAAAAAAUAACAUGGUAUUUCACAGGAAUGUUUUUGACAUAAAGCAUCUGUUCUGUUAAAUGAACUUAUCUUUCAUCCAUCAGAAAAAAGGAUUUUAAAUCUAAACAGAUCAGUGAUAAUUGUUUGGUUAUAUUAUAUUCUCAAAUAGUUGAGAACAUAUCAAAUGUCAAAAAACAUUUGAAAACCUACUACCAAGCAAAUGUUUGGCCUCUUUCAAGUAAGAAUAUCUGCACCAUGUGUUGUUUGGUGGUGUUUUAGCGCAAUGCUAUACAACUUUCUGCUUGAUUUGCCUUUUUAACAUGUUUUUUUAUCGUCACUGAUGAGUCUUUUGCUCAAGUUCUUCACAAGACCUUGUUGAUACAUAUUCCACUGCAUAAAUAAUACAUGAUGGUCUGGAAGUAAAGAGUUUAGUCACUGACGUUGUUUAUCAUCCUAAUUACGUGUUGUAGUGUUCUUUUAUUUCUCUUUGUAAAUUACUUUUACUGUUUAGCUCUUUUUGAUAAUACCCUUUUGGGAUCUUUUGGUGUGGCUCAGUACUUAAACAUCUUGCCAUUGUGUUAUUGUGCUAUGGUCAUUUUUGUAUUUUUAUAUAUUUCUGCCUAUAUGCUUUGGUCUAUAUGUCAUUUAGUUGUUCCUUGUUGACAUAUUUAUCUUUUUGUUUUAUAGAGAUUAAGAUUAUAACACAAUGUUGACUGCUGUACCUCUAUGUUUGUCUUUUUGUUUUAUAGGGAUUAAGAUUAUAACACAAUGUUGACUGCUGUACCUCUAUGUUUGACAUUUAAAUUUUGCUUUGUUCAAACAUUGUUGUGAAUAUAAUGGAAUUUUAUGCGACUGUCAUACAAGUGAGAGGUUAGGCUUGCUAUAAAACCAGGUUUACUUCACCAUUGUCUACAUAAGGAAAUACCAGAAACAAGUCAGGAAUAUGACUUCCUAUUCGUUUGAUGUGUUUGAGAUUUUGAUUUUGUCAUUUGAUAAGGGAAUUUUUCGUUUUGAAUUUUCCUUGUUUUUCUGAUAUUUUACUGUUUUGUAAACAAAAAAUACAAUGACGCUCACAAUGAUAAGCCUGGAAUCUUUGAUGAGUUUUUUUGUUGUUGUACGUCUGUUACUAAUUUGAAGAAGUCAAGUGUGUAAAAUUUAAAUUUCAAUAUUCAUUGUCAGUUUUACAAAAUUUAACCCCCUUUUCCUUUCAUCACCAAUAUCAAAAUUUGUAUAUAAAAAUAAGGAGAUUUGAAAUGAUUGCCAAUUAAACAACUAUCCACCAAAGUUCAAAUAAAGUGGAGGUGAGCAAUUAUAGGCAACUGUACAGGCUUCAACAGUGAGAAAAAACCCAUACCGUAAAGUCGGCUAUAAAAGGCCCCAACAUGACAAAUAUGAAACAACUCAAUUGAGAAAACUAACGACCUAAUUUAUGACAAAACAAUUUAUGAAAAACAAAUUUGACAGACUUAAACCAACGACAACCACUGAACUACAGACUCCUGACUUGGGACAGGCGCAUACAUAAUCUGGCGGGGUUAAACUUAUUUAUGAACCCUCAACCCUCCCCUAACCUGGAACAGUGUUUCAUAGUGAUUUGAUUGUCUUCAACUUAUUUCUUUAUUCCAUUAUUAACUAUUUCUAUUGAUUUUAUGUGAACAUGUUUAUACAUUCUAUAAUAUUUAAUAUUGAUUAUGUUUUGUCAAAAAUUAUUUUGCAACAAUCAUAGUC